UCAAAUGGGAAAUUGGUCACCCACGUGUGCAUGAUAACAAUACAAAUUCUAUAAACUCUGUGUAUGCUUCUACCGAGUAGUAAACAGAGCUGAGAGAUUGUUACUUCACCGUGUCUACCAUGGAGUAUUAUGAAGUAUUUCACAACAUUGAGGAGAAUGAAGAGAUAAAAAAGUACAAGCAAGAUCUUACCAAACAGGUAGAGAAGCUUGUAGUUGAAGUCUUUCCUAGACAGAUGGUGGAACUCGGCCAGCUCUUAGAGACUGAGAGGUUCAAUGUGACUGAUCUGUCAGUCUUCCAUUCUGAUCUGAGAAUACCCUCACCUGCUGACAUCAACGGAUCACCACCAGAUAAUCCGCCAGCGAAAAGAAAACGAACAGUCUCAGACACCUUGAAUGAUACUGCAACACCAGUAGGAACCAAGCAAGCACCUCUAUUCAAAGGGUAUGUCCCUUCCAAUCCAAAACUUGUGGAGAUUGUCGACUGCCUGAAGCCGAAAAUUAUUGAUACGAUGAACAGAUGCAACACAAUUAAAGUAUGGAUUCAAUUGAGAAUACCUAAAAUCGAGGAUGGCAACAACUUUGGUGUUAGUAUUCAGGAGGACAUCCUUGCUGAAGUUAGUAAGGCAGAAGCAGAUUCAGCCAAGUUCAUGGAACAGAUUUCUAGAUACUUCAGUGUUAGAGCAAAACUUGUCUCAAAAGCUGCCAAGUACCCACAUUUGGAUGACUAUCGUCGAGGGAUCAAUGAGUACGACGAGAAAGUGUUCCUAAGUUUCAAGAUAAUGUUGAUGGAAUUGAGGAACAUUUAUGCUAUUCUCUAUGAUGUCAUAAUCAAGAACUUUGAAAAGAUCAAGCAGCCACGCAGCUCCCACGCCAACUCUCUCUACUGAGGCAUGAAACUGUUCCUUAGAUUGCACUAUAAGUCUUAGUUUUCGCAUGACAUCAUUAUUGCUUAAUGCAUCAGCUAUCAUUGAAAA